GUCUCGCAGUUCCUACCGGGAGUUUUUAUAGGCGCACACUACAAUAACGACAGCAAUCAAGACAGACCGAUUUUUCUUUAAAUAAAAUAACACUUUUCUUUUUUUACUUUAACAAUAAUACGAUUUAUUUGAAUAUAAGCUGACACGUGACCGUUAACGGUCCGUUUCUCUGAUUUAUUUGGUCUUUUUGGGGCGUCGCCGGAGUGUUUUUAGCAACAUGCUAACAUUUGGUUUGUUACGUUUAGCUAACAAAUAUGGUCAAAACUUUAUGAAAAAUGUGUUAAAAUGUUGAACAACCUCCGUGUUUUAUGUUCGCUGAUAUCAUAGUUGGUGACAUUUCAAAGCUCGUCGACAUUUUGAUUAUUUUGAUGAACUAGUCCCGGUCCACCGGAGGGUUCCGCGUUAGCUUCUGCCGCAGAGCGUUUCCGGGGGGAGGAAGCUCCCGCGGGGGUGAAGUCAUGACUGACGCGAUGCUGCUGUUGCUCAACAGCUCGCGGCUGUCGGCGUAGCGGCGCAAAGGUCCGUUCGGCGCGCGGAGAGCGGCGACAGCAUGCCGGGGAUGGUGGCCUUCGGGCGGCGCUGGGGGAUCGCCAGCGAUGACCUGGUCUUCCCGGCAGCCUUCGAGAUCUUCCUCCGCGCUCUGUGGUGGCUCGGGACGCUCAUCCUGUUCACGUACCACAAGGGGCACUUCGACUGCAGAGGGGGGGCCGUGCUGCACGCCUACCUGGUGGGGCUGCUGGUCGUGUUGAUGCUCAUCAUCCUCUGUCUGUGUGCCAUCGUCUUCAUCAGUGCUCAAGGCACCAUCACUAACCCCGGGCCGCGGCGCUCCAUGCCGGCGCUGGUGUACCUGCGGGCGGUGCUCUACCUGCCCGAGCUGGUGUGGGCCUGCAUGGGCGCCGUCUGGGUGUCGGACAGCGGCGGGGGGUGCGACCCCGCCACCGUGGCUGCGGUCAUUUCUGCCGUGGCAGCCAGCUGGGUCAUCCUGCUGUUCACGGCGGUGGGCGUGGUCAUCGUCUUCGACCCGAUGGGCAGUUCCGGGCGCCAGCCCGAGGUGGCGGAGCCGCUGGGGGUGCGCGACCUGGAGAGCAGCGAGGGCUCGCAGUUCCUGUCCACGGCCCGCUCGGUGGCGGUGAAGGUCUGGGAGUGCCGCCUGCGGCUGCUCUGCUGCUGCCUGCCGCAGGACGAGGGCCACCGCGCCGCCUUCGCCAGCAUCUCGCGGCUCCUCGGCGACUUCUUCUCGGACACGGACCUGGUUCCCAGCGACAUCGCCGCCGGCUUGGCGCUGCUGCACCAGGAGCAGGAUAAGGUGGAGCUGAGCCGAGACCCGGACGGCGUCCUCUCCCACAGCCCCUCCUCCCCCAUCGAGCAGGAUCUGGAGGCGGAGCUUGAGGAGGCGGCUCAUUGCAUGACAUUCGCCGCCGCCGCGUACGGCUGGCCGCUCUACGUUUACUCCAACCUGUUCUCUGCGCCCUGCAAGCUCAGCGGAGACUGCUGCCGGAGCCGCGCCGGAGACUACGACAUCGUCGGGGGUGACCACCUGGGCUGCCACUUCGCCUCCAUCCUGCAGAGCACCGGCCUGCAGUACCGGGACUUCAUCCACGUCAGCUUCCACAACCAGAUCUACGAGAUCCCCUUCUUCGUGGCUCUGGAUCAUCAGAGGGAGGCGGUCGUCGUGGCGGUCAGAGGGACUCUCUCCUUGAAGGACGUCCUGACGGAUCUGUCGGCGGAGUGUGAGCAGCUGCCCGUGGAGGGCGUGUCCGGAGCCUGCUACGCCCACAAGGGCAUGUGCCAGGCGGCCGCCUACAUCUACAGGAAGCUGGUCAACGACGGCGUCCUGAACCAGGCCUUCGCCAUCGCCCCGGAGUACAAGCUGGUGAUCACGGGUCACAGCCUGGGAGCCGGCACCGCCUCCGUGCUCGCCAUCCUCCUGCGCAGCUCCUUCCCGGCGCUGCGGUGCUACGCCUUCUCUCCACCAGGGGGCCUCCUCAGUAAAGCUUUGGCGGAUUACUCCAAAGGCUUCGUGGUCUCCGUCGUUCUGGGGAAGGAUCUGGUUCCUCGACUGAGCAUUCCGAACAUGGAGGAUCUGAAGAAGCGGAUUCUGAAGAUGGUCUCCAACUGCAACAAGCCCAAAUACCGCAUCCUCCUGCAGGGCUGCUGGUACGAACUCUUCGGAGGCGACCCGGACGACUUCCCCACAGAGAUGGACAACAGGAGGGAGGAGACGCUGCGCCAGCCGCUGCUGGGGGAGGAGUCUCUCAUCAUUCGCCACUCCUCGUCCUAUCAGAGCCUGGCGUCGGACGACUCCCCCGCCCACGCGCCCGUGCACUUCCCCCUCUUCCUGCCAGGCCGGGUGCUGCACAUCACCGAGGACGGACCGUCGCGGAGGUCCUGCUUCUCCCAGGUCCGGUACCGGGCGGAGUGGUCCACCGAGAUGGCGUUCAGGAGCAUCCUGAUCAGCCCCAGGAUGCUGUCGGAUCACAUGCCCGACAUCGUGCUGGGAGCGCUCAACAGCCUGACCCGCGACCGCCCCUUCCCCCUCUGCCCCCCCGGCAGCAGGCGGAACGGCACCGGCUGAGGCCCGGCCCGGCUCUCAUCCUCCUUUUCAUUUCACUUUUCCUCGUGCGUCCAGAGCGGCGAUGAAACGAGAGACUGAUGGUUCUGCUUCACUGGAAGAGAACCUCCGUGACGUGUGAAUGUUCUACUGUUGUGUUCUUCACUGUUUUUGCAUCGGGGGGGGGGGUUCUGUUUACAGCCCGUCUGAACGGGGCGGAUCAUCCGUGCUGGGGGGGUCCUUAAAUCAGCUGACGUCUGCAUAUUGUUUCUUUCAAUGCCUUCACACUAAUAAAGGCUUGAGGACAAA